AUGUCAGCUAACAACGAAAAUAUUCUUCCAGUUUGUAAUGAUGCAAGAGUAUUGGCAGAAUCAAUCAUCGCUUCUCGGAAUUUUGAACGUUCAAAGCAAAAAACGCCCAAAAACGUUCCUUUUAUGCCUUCUCCAAUUAAAAAUAAGCCUUUGGAAUUAUCUGGUGGAAAACAGGCAAUUCUUGAAUCUCCAAUUAAUUUUGGAGGAGUUUUGCAAUCACCUGGACCUUCUCCUGCUCCUCUUCGAUUUAAGUCGUUUGGACGAGUUUCGAACAAUUUCAAUUCUUCGUUUGCGGGCAAUUCAAAAACUGACUUUGGAAGUUCUUAUGGAACAUUUGUUAACAACCGUCAACGUGUUUCAAACAAUUUUUCUUCCUCAAACUUUACAAAAGGUUCGAACUUCAAUCGGUCUUUUGCUCAUCAUUAUACUCCUGCUCAUCAUUACAAUCCAAAUUUUAAUUCGUAUGGUCGUCUUCACAGUUUGUUUAAAUUCUAAUAUUUUUACUUUUCCUCUAAAGGAGUUAUGGUUAGGUGGUAGUGUUCUUGUCUUUCUCCUAGUGGGUAGUGGGUUCGAGUCCGUUUGAUGGAAAAUAAAUUUUUUAGAAAUUUUAUUUUAAAAAUAUAGUCUAAUUUUUGUCUAAAACUUUAAUUUUUAUAAUUUAAAAUUAUUUUUUAAAGCCAAUUUUAACACUUCUGCCGGUGUUGGAUUGCGUGAUUAUUAUUGGAUUGGUGAACAGCGUUAUAAAAGUUUUGGACAGAAGAAGCUUUGAAAAAAGGAGCUUCUAAACUUGAAGAAUUUAAACAUAAUUUUGAUAUGUUGCUUUG